AAACUUUGAGGCAAUUAUCCCAACAUUUGUUAAUUUGUUCAUGAAACUUUACAAGCUUCAAUUAGUUCAUCCCUUUCUUACAAAUACAUAAGUCAAAAUGAUAGAUUAAGACAAAAGAUUAAUAGCUAAUUGAGGCUUGGAGCGUUUUUAUGAAUAACGCCAUAAAUAGAUAAGUAUACUACAUUGUCACCACACAUCUAUUCCUUAUCGAAUUUUCCUUCCCUCUUUUUCAAACAUUAACCGCAGUUUUCCUGCAAUCAUAAGCGAGAUAACGCUACUACACUAAUUGUAGUGACGAUGUCGUAGCUAGUAAUAAUACGGUACGACUCACGCGCGUAUUCAAUGCGUGUAUUGCGCUCUGCAACGAUGCGCGCGGUGUUGUCGAAAAUAUAAAAAAAUCUUGCAAUAUUUAACUGAUUUUUUGUGAAGUUAUGUUUGCAUUUAUUAAAUAAACCGUGAGGAGAUAUGGUCUACGAUUGUAUUCUCAGAUAUAUUAUUGUUUUAAGUUUAGUGAAAACUGUUCUGCGUCCAUUGAUUAACAAAGGCCUCUCAUCUAAAAAAUUUUUGUGGAACCCGUGCCGACUUACAAAUGAAAUUCCCAUACAAAUUACAAUGGAGAAAUUUCGUCAGGCAAUAUUAUGUCUUUGAAAAUAUAGAGCAUAAGAGAACAAAAUGGUGGAAAUAAGCAAACCGUUAUUCGCGCAGGCGUGCCAGAAUUUGGACUGCCAUGUUCUACUUCAUCCCUGGCAUGAGAGUUGCAUAAAAUCUAUGCCACAUACAUACAUCCAUUCAUUCAUAGGAAGCGCCAAGUUUUACUCAUUAAUUUAUGUAGCGCAAAUUCUAAUGCGAGGUAAAAAACUGAAGAAAAAAGAGGAAUGGCUGAAAAUGGGGGAGUAUUACGCCAGGUCCGCGAUCCUUGGGGGUGCUAUCUGCGCUACCUGUUGCACUUUCGGGUGCAUUUUGAGGAGGAUUUUGGGCAAUAAAUUCUACUAUUAUUCUCUAUUCCUUAUACCCAGUACAAUAAACGGUAUAUUUAUAUACGUUGAACCACCAAGCAGAAGAGGUCUGAUAAUCAAUUUAUUUACUAGUUUGAUGUUAGAAUACUGGAUCACGACUAUGGAGAGAGCUGGUUACUUAUCGAUGACUAAAACGAAACAAACGAUCAUGUUUAUGAUUGGUAGCGCGGUCCUUUUCUAUCUAAUGCGCUUGGAAGGUGAUAAAGAGGAAAGGACACCACUUUUUUGGUUAUUUACGCCGGAAAAAGUCAAACAGAAAACAAGUGAGGAUGAAAACCCAUGUCCACACAAUGGGCCGUGUUUGCGAUAUAUCUUAAAGGGUGCUGCUACGUAUUUCGGGAUAGGAUCAGCUUUUACCCUCGCUAGGGUCAUCCUACCUAAGAUCCGAUCUCCCGCCAGAGCCUUCGCUUCAGUCCAGCGCAAGCAUUUCAAAAUUGGCCUAUUCUUCGGUUCAUAUAUCGGUAUUUACAGAGCUGUAAUAUGCUACCUGUGCCGUAAACAAGGCGCUGACUCGGCGUUGUAUGCGCUGCCGGCAGGGUACCUUGCUGGAUUAUCGUUCCUAUUCAGUCCAACCUUGGGGUUUGCGACUGCAUCAGUCACGGCGGCAUUGAAACUAUACUCGACAAUUCUCUACGAGAAAAAAAUACUGCCGGCCAACAUCCCGCUGGCAGAGCUGAUGUACUGCAUCUGCCAGGGAACCCUGUUCCAUGCUCGGUUCAUGCACCCGGAGAUUGUCCCCAGCUACAUGUUCAAGCUCACAGAUGGUGUUAGCCAUGGAAGAACUGCAUUACUAUCGGACAAUCUUCAAGCAGUAGCAAAAAUGGCAUUAUCGUUAUAAUCACGGCAACAAUAUGAAGAACUGUGGUGGUCUAAUCUAAAUAUAUAAAGAAUGAUUGGUGAUGGUUAAGUGGACAUUGGUGGACAUAGGGAUUAUUUAAACUCGAUAUGAUAACUGUAAUGAACUAAGAUAAGUGAUAUAUACAUAAGAUAUUUGUUGAUAUUAUUAAUAACGUCACUUUUCAAAAUUUGGCCUAUUCAAAAGUAUAAUACUACGAGAUGCCAUUAAAAAGUUACCUAAAUUCCGUUUUCGCACUAUCGAUUUCUUAAUAGUCUAAAUUUCACUCUAGCACUAUCUGUGAAUUAAAUGACUGACACAGACUUGACUGUGAUUCAACUUCAUUUGAGUGGCAGCGCUGAAUACAUUUUGUGUACAAGAUCAAACUACCUAGCAGUCAUCUUAUGAAUAUAGUACACUGUUUUUUAUAAGACCCAAAUUCUAGGCAAUAUUUUCUAAAAGGUUAGAUUUUGUUUUCAAAACUAAUCACCUUUUUAAUGACAUUUCUUUAAAAACAGAAAAGAUUAAAUGUGUACUCGGCAUAUUUUAAUCAUAUUCAUAUUAACAGAAAACGUAAAAACAAUAUUUAAUAAUAUAAUUUUUAUUUUGACAUUAAUAAGGUCUUCUUGAACGCAGCCGUACUUGUUUGAAAUUGAGAAUGGCUAAUUGCCUCUUGUCUAUGGAAUUUCAAAAGUUUAUAAGUAUUUAAAAAGUUGUGCAAUUAUUUUACAACAGAAUAUAGAGUUCAGUAUUGUGUAGGUAUAUAUUCGCAAAAACUUAGUUUAAUCAAAAAGUUUACAUUAAAAUCAUAUUUAUAAGUGACAAAGAGACUUCAUAGUGUACUUGCGAAGUUUUUGGAUGGCUUUUGGUCCAAAGUAGAUUGAGUUUAUAGAUAGAGUAGAAAGGGUGUAGCAGGAUAGCCUAGGAAAAAUUGCCCCCAGCGAUUUUGGGCCGAAACUGUAAUCAAACGAUGCCUUUUUCUGGAGUAGGUCCAUGAAACUGUUGUAUAAUGUAGAAUAUAAAUUGCUUAAUUUUUGAAAAAAAAAAUGGUGUGUGUACCAUGAGCCAAACUUGAUAUACAGGAUGAUUCUUUUUUUAUUUUUGUUUUUUUUUUACAAGUAUUUCAAUGGUUAGGUUAGUCUAAUAUUUGUACAAAAUUUGAAAUUCGUCACUUUCAUAGUUUAGGAAAAAAUAAUUAAAACAGUUUUGGGGUUAAUCGGGUGUUUUUCACCCCCAGGGGGUAACAGAGGGAUGAAACUUUGUGCAGAGUAUAACCUCCCCAAAAGGCAUCGUUUGAUUACAGUUUCGGCCCAAAAUCGCUGGGGGCAAUUUGUCCUAGGCUAUCCUGCUACACCCUUUGUUACCAGAUAAAUCUACGAACAAAAUUGAUUUAAUCUCAUAAUUUUAGGUGUGUGCUGCUGUCUUCGAAAAAAUACGAGUAUUGUGUGCAACGGUACGUAACUACUAGGUCUUAAAAUUCUCGGGCCCGUUUUAAUAAAGCUCGACUGUGUCUCGUUUGUUAUUUGCUACCCUUGAAUUUUUAUGAACCUUUUUUAUUUACCUGUUGCCGAAUGUUGUAAGGAGGGUCAUAUUUUUUCUUUGGUUACCGUGGUACCGCAGCGAUGAUGAUGAUGAUUAAACAUUAAACCGGCACUGUUAAUUUAGUAUAGUAAUGUGAACAUAGAAAAGACAAUUUGUAUGGUAUGUAUGACUGAAAUAAUAUUAAUUGUACUAGCAGUUUUUAUUAAAUUAAAACACAAUUUUGUUUCUGUUA